ACCAAAAUGGGGAGUUACAUUCUCAAAGUUUUACUUGCAAUGAUUGUGUUGUUUUUGCAUACUGAAGUAUCUGUUGUUGGGUUCGACCGGCCAACAAAGAAUAAGAGCUCAUAUGUGAAGUGCCAUGAGAGUGAGAAAAUAUCACUCCUCAACUUCAAACAUGGUCUCCUGGAUUACUUUGGCAUGCUGCCUACGUGGAGUGAUGAUGAAGAUAACAGAGAUUGUUGCCUGUGGAGAGGAAUUACAUGCAACAAUGAAACUGGUCAUGUUUUGAAGCUUGAUCUUCAUGCUGAUUGGGAUUCACAAUAUUUGUCAACAAGUAAAAUCAAUAUCACUUCAUUGAUUGAGUUGCGAAAUUUGGAAUAUUUGGAUCUCAGUUAUAAUGAUUUCAGUGGUAGUCCAGUUCCAAAAAACAUUGGAUUGUUCGCCAACUUAAGAGGUCUCAAUUUGUCAACUUGUGAUUUUGAUGGGAGGAUUCCUUCUGAAAUGGGAAAUCUCUCAAAGCUGGAGUAUCUUGAUUUAAGUAAAAAUGGUGAUAUUGAUGGGGAAAUUCCUUACCAACUUGGAAAUCUCUCACAGCUCAAAUCUCUUAAUCUGGCCGCAACUUCACUUUCUAGAGUGAUCCCUUUUCAUAUUGGGAAUCUUCCCAUGUUGAAUACUCUCAAGCUUGAGGGAAGUUUUGAUGAUGAAUCAGCAGAGUGGCUAUCUUCUCUCUUUUAUUUAGAAAAUCUUGACCUGAAAUCAUUUUCUAAUCUUGGCUCCUCCAGUCACAUGUUGCAAAAAAUGAGUAAGCUGAUUCCAAAUUUAAGAGAGUUGAGGCUAGUUGGUUUUGGUCUUCUAGAUAAUGGCAUUCCAUCUUUGUUUCAUUCUAAUGCCAACUUUUCCACUUCUCUUACCAUUCUUGAUCUCUCUCAGAAUAUGCUGACAUCAUCAACUCUUCAAUUCUUGUCAAACUAUAGCCUUAAUCUUCAGGAGCUUUAUGUUUCUCACAAUAAUAUUGUUAUUGCAUCCCCUCUCUACUCUCCACACUUUCCUUCUCUUGUUAAGCUCGAUCUCUCCUAUAAUAAUCUAAGCUCAUCAAUAUUUGAAGGUAUUUUCAACUUCAGCUCAAAACUGCAAGAACUUGAUCUAGGAAAUUGCUAUCUCAUGGAUAGAAGUUUUCAUCUGUCCACUGCUUCCUUUGUGAGCUCUUCAUCUUCUCUGGCCAUCCUUGAUCUAUCCUCCAACCUCUUGAAAUCUUCUAUAUUUCAUUGGCUUUUUAACUUCACCACCAAUGUACGUAGCCUCAACCUUGAUGGUAACUUGAUAGAAGGUCCGAUUCCAGAUGAAUUUGGGAAAGUAUUGAACUCUCUUGAAAUUCUUGUUCUCAGUAAUAACAAAGUGCAAGGGCAGAUUCCAAUUUCCUUUGGGAAUAUAUGUACACUCCAAGAAUUACACCUUGGCCAUAACAACUUCAGUGGUGAAAUUUCAAACUUCAUUCAAAACUCUACUUUGUGCAACAGACAUAAAUUUCAUAGUUUCUCAUCUUUAAGGAUAUUGGACCUUUCCAAUAACAAGUUCACGGGUGAAAUCCCUGAAAGCAUUGGAUUGUUGUAUGAGUUGGAGUCUCUGCACCUGGAGCAGAAUCACAUCAAGGGCAAUAUCAUGGAAUCACAUUUCAAUAAUUUGUUCAAGUUGGUAAAAUUGGACUUAACAGACAACCCAUUGUCUCUGAAGUUUGAUGCUAGUUGGGUUCCACCUUUUCAAUUAUUAAAAUUAGGAUUAGCAUCUUGUAAGCUGGGUCCUAAUUUCCCAAGUUGGCUCCAGAAUCAAGGUCACUUAUGGUUUCUUGACAUUUCUAAUGCUGGGAUUAAUGAUUCUGUACCAGAUUGGUUUUGGAGCAAAUUGCAAUCAAUAAAUCAGAUGAACAUGUCUCACAAUGGUCUCAAAGGUACAAUUCCGAACUUACCAUUCAAGCUUGUCAAUGAUGAUGAUGUUGCUAAUUAUGAUGAUGUGUUUUUAGUUUUGAAUUCAAACAAGUUUGAAGGUAGAAUUCCUGCUUUUUUGUGGCAAGUAUUUACACUGGAUCUCUCCAACAAUAAGAUUUCAGAUUUGAAUACAUUCUUGUGUGGGAAAAGUGCAAAUACAAAUAUGAGAACUUUAGAUUUGUCAAAUAAUCAAAUAGCGGGACAAAUGCCUGAUUGUUGGGAACAUCUGAACUCAUUAGAAUUUCUUGAUUUAAGUGAUAAUCAAUUGUCAGGGAAGAUUCCAAAGUCCAUGGGCACCCUUGCUAAUUUGAAAGCUUUGGUUUUACGAAAUAACAGUUUAAGUGGAGAACUCCCAUCCACUUUGAGGAACUGCACCAAUUUGGUUAUGCUAGAUGUGGGUGAAAAUUUGUUGUCUGGUCCAAUACCCAAAUGGAUUGGAGAAAGUCUACCACAAUUGAAAAUCUUGAGUCUGCGAGUAAAUAACUUCUUUGGAAGUUUUCCUUCAUAUCUUUGUUAUUUGAGACAGAUUCAUCUCUUGGACCUAUCAAGGAACAACUUAUCCAAAUGCAUUCCAUCAUGUCUGCAGAAUUUUACUGCAAUGGUUGAAAAGAGUACGAUCUCAAGUGAAAUUGCAAGGGGAAGAAAAAUGUCAUCUGACUUGUUUUAUUUGGAUACUUACAACUCCAACGUGUUAUUGAUGUGGAAAAGAGCAGAGUUGGUGUUUUGGGAUCCAGAUUUUCUAAGAAGCAUUGAUCUCUCAAGCAACAAUUUCACAGGUGAAAUACCAAAAGAGGUUGAAUAUUUGGUUGGAUUAGUUUCUUUGAAUUUAUCAAGAAACAACCUGAGUGGAGAAAUCCUUUUUGAGAUUGGAAAUUUAACAUCUCUUGAUUUUCUUGACUUGUCAAGAAAUCGUUUACAUGGCAAAAUUCCUUCAUCUCUUUCUCAAAUCGAUCGUCUAGCAAUAUUAGACCUGUCACACAACUCCCUCUCAGGAAGAAUCCCUUCUGGAAGACAGUUGCAGACCUUUGAUGCCUCAGCUUUUGAAGGAAAUCUUGAUCUUUGUGGAGAACCACUUAACAAAACUUGUCCAAGUGAUGAGACCAAAGUAAAUCCUCAAGGACUAGCAGAUGAUGAUGGUGAUAAUUCAGUUUUCUAUGAAGCAUUGUACAUGAGCUUGGGCAUAGGAUUCUUCACAGGAUUUUGGGGCUUGAUUGGGCCAAUACUCAUAUGGAGACCUUGGAGAAUUUCUUACCUGAGGCUCUUGAACAGAUUGAUAGACUAUGUAUAUGUCAUGGUUGCAGUGAAGGUGGCAAAGUGGCACAGGUGGCUAAAAGGAUAGCAGAUUAUUAGCUACACAUUUCUGAUGUGGGAUGAAAGAAUAAUGGGUUGCUGGAAAGUUUAAGAUACUCUUUAGUAGAUCACAUGUUUGAAAUAAUGACUUGUAGUGUCACUGUUGCAAGAAACUUAUUGGCUUGAAUGUCCUUUAUUAUGUAACAUUUGUCAUGUAUUUUAUUUUCUUCUUAAGCUAAGACUAUAUAUCUAAAAUGUAACAUUUUAAUUCCAUCUUGAAUAAUGUUUCGUGUUAGUUACUUGCUACA